AUGUUCUACAAGGCCUCCAUGAUCACCUUUGCACUUGCAUUUGUCGCCAGUGCGAGUCCGACGCCUCCCCCCGCCGCCAUCCGCAUCCCGCUGCAGAAGCGCAAUCUGCUCACGAACGAGAACGGCACGGUCGACUCGAAUGCGAUCCUUCGUGAGACCGCUCGUGUGCAGAACAAGCAUCGGCAGAACCUCAUCACUAUCGACAACAAGAUCGGCCUCGCCAACUUCCACAAGGGCGCACACGUCCCGCCCGUCGCCGCGCCGCCCACUGAACACGAAAAACGUCAGGCGGAGGCCCUCGCGGAUGCCGGGCCCUCGUGGACGGGCAUAGUGUCCAUCGGGUCUCCCGCACAGGACUUUGUGAUUGAUUUCGACACGGGAUCGCCGGAUCUGUGGGUGCCGUCCACGCAGUGCGAGGGGUGCAACGCGCGGCACUCGUACGACCCGUCCGCGUCGUCGACGAGCGUGGCCAAGAGCGGCACGUUUCGCAUCGGCUACGGCGACGGCUCGACCGCGUCGGGGCCGAUCUUCACAGACGACGUGAGCGUGGCAGGUAUCGCAGUGCAUAACCAGGCGUUCUCGGCUGUGACGAGCGCGUCUGGGGAUAUCGCCAGCGGCGUCAGCGAUGGCCUCAUGGGCAUGUCCUGGCCGGGCAUCUCCCAGCUGAACGCCGACCCGUACUUCUUCACGGCGGUCUCGCAACAUGCGGUCCCCCAAGGCGAGUUUGGGUUCUAUCUCGCGCCGAGCGGCUCGGAGCUGUACCUCGGCGGGACGGACUCUGGGCACUACACAGGAGACCUGGAGUACCACGACCUCGUCUCGACGAGGGGGUUCUGGCAGAUUGGUGGUGCGACGGCGCUCGUGAAUGGGCAGCCGGUUGUGUUCGGAUUCGAGACGAUCAUCGACUCGGGGACGACAUUAAUGUAUGGCCCUCCGGAUGCGGUCGACCAGGUAUACCAAUCCGUCGACGGCGCGGUCUCGCUGGGAAAUGGGAACUAUGUGGUUCCGUGCGAUUCGUUCCCCGCGCUUGCGUUUUCGUGGGGCGGGAAAGCUUUUGAUAUCAACCCGAAGGUGUUAAACCUUGGACAAGUCUAUGAUGGCUACUGCCAGUCGGCGCUGGGUGGCCACGAUUUUGGUCUUGGAGACAACGUUUGGCUCUUAGGCGACACUUUGAUGCAGAGUGUUUACACUGCAUUCUCGGUGGACAAGCAGGCGGUCGGCUUCGCCUCUCUGGAUUGA